AUGGUUGACGAAUCGUCGUUCAAAGCACCAAAAUAUCUUAGUUUUUGUGAAUAUAAAUACAUAAUAGAAGAGUCAGUCGGUGAAGGGUCUUUUAGUUCAGUUUACAAAGCAAGACAUAAAUGGACAGGUGAACCUUUUGCAAUUAAGGCAAUUACAAAGACUACAUCUCCUAAGCGUGUUUUACAAGAGUUGUCUAUUCUUAAAACAUUAAAUGGUGAAAAUAAUUGCAUAAAACUUCUGGAGGUAUUGAGAAAUGAAGACCAAAUUCUAGCAAUCUUCCCUCUGAUUGACCAUAUAGACUUUAAGGAUUUCAUCUUAAAAAGUACAUCUCAAGAUAUAAAAAAAUACUUAUAUAAUCUACUAGUAGCCGUUAAUCAUAUGCAUGAUAAGAACAUAAUACACAGAGACAUAAAACCAGGCAACUUUCUAUAUAGUAUUGAAAACGAGCAAGGCUGUUUAAUAGACUUUGGGCUAGCAGAAUAUGAAAGAAUGAAAGAAUCUAGCCCUCAGAAACCAACCAAGCCACUCAUAUUUUUUAAUUCUAUAGUUACACCAAGUAAACCACCAGGAUACUAUGAAAGGGAUGCAAGACCACCAAUGAAGGCAUCCAGGGCAGGUACUCGCGGAUUUCGUGCACCAGAAGUUCUUUUUAGAUGUGAAAAUCAAUCUAGAGCCAUUGAUAUAUGGUCAGUUGGUGUUAUAAUGCUUUGUAUACUUACAGGACAAUAUCCAUUUUUUCUAAGUGUAGAAGAUAUAGAUGGACUAGUAGAAAUAGGAACGAUAUUUGGACAUUCUGAGAUGAGGAAAGCAGCUAGAUAUUAUGGUAGAACGUGGAAAUCUAAUUUGCAAUCAAUAUCAGAAGACGGUAUUCCAUUUGAAUAUUUAAUUAAAAAUCUAAAUCCUAAUAUGGAGAUUGAUGAUGAUGCGAUUGAUCUUUUGAAGAAACUGUUAGAAUUAAAAUGUGAUUCGAGAAUAACAGCUGGAGAAGCAUUAGAACAUCCAUUUUUUUCUAAUAUUAGGUAA